AUGUCGGCACCCAACGACUACGGCCAGCAGGCCGCCUUCCAACAACAAGGCCAACAGGUCCCCUAUGCUGAUGAUGGCCAAGCCUACGCGAACCCCGCUGGCUCGCCUCCACCUCAGGCGACCCAGCAACCUGGCGAAGGACAAGCCAAGAAGAAGAAGAGAGCCUACGCUGCCCAGGCCUUCGAUGUCGGCAGCGGCGCGAAUGCUGCUGUAGGGGGCCAGCUUCCAGGCGGCGGCCAGUUCGGCACUCCUCAGCCCAUGGCUGCUGGCUACGGGUACCCAGGCCAGGACGCACAACCUCAGCCUGCCUCUUAUGGUGCCCCCCAGACCUACGGCUCGCCGGCUCCCGCCACUCCGGGCUUCCAGCCGCCCGAUGCAUAUGGCGCCCCUCCUGCCCCUGGUGCAGCUGGUGUGGGUGGCAUCACGCAGGGCAUGGCAGGCAUGCAGAUGGGGCCGGGUCCGGGACAGCCAGCUCCUCAGCAAAUGCCUCCUCAGGGCCAGCCACGAGUCGGGCCCCUCAACCAGCUCUACCCUACCGACCUUCUGAACCAGCCUUUCAACGUAUCCGAGCUGGAUCUCCCACCUCCUCCAAUCAUCCUUCCCCCAAAUUCCAGCUGUACUCCUUCUCCGGAGGCGAACUGCCCACCAAAGUUCAUCCGAUCCACGCUCAAUGCUGUGCCCACGACGCACUCCCUCCUCAAAAAGUCUAAGCUGCCUUUUGCCCUCGUCAUACAGCCAUACACAUCGCUCCAUGACCUAGAUGACCCAGUUCCAGUCGUCCAAGACCAGGUCAUUUCUCGCUGUCGGAGGUGUCGGUCGUACAUAAACCCAUACGUUACCUUCCUCGACCACGGGCACAGAUGGCGCUGCAACAUGUGCAACCUCUCAAACGACGUUCCUCAGGCCUUUGACUGGGAUGCAGCAGCCCAAAAGAGUGUUGAUCGGUGGCAACGGGCUGAGCUGAACCACUCUGUGGUGGAGUUCGUCGCGCCCCAGGAGUACAUGGUUCGACCUCCACAGCCCUUGGUCUAUCUCUUCUUGUUCGACGUGAGCUACGCGGCUGUGUCUACGGGACUUCUGGCGACCAGCGCGCGGACGAUUUUGGACAGUCUCAAUAGGAUACCCAAUGCGGAUCGGCGCACUCGCCUCGGUUUCGUCGCCGUGGACUCCAGCUUGCACUAUUUCUCAAUCCCCAAGGAUUCCGACGAAAAUGGCGAAACCAGUAUGCUUGUCGUCAGUGAUCUUGACGAGCCCUUCAUGCCGGUGCCUACUGAGCUUCUGGUGCCCCUGACGGAGUCGCGACAGAGUAUCGAGAAUUUCCUAGCAAAGCUUCCGGAGAUGUUUGUCAACAACCAGAAUAAUGGAUCGUGCAUGGGCUCGGCUCUCCGAUCCGGUCACAAGCUAAUCUCUCCACUUGGAGGUAAGAUUGUUGUCCUGAGUGCCUCAUUGCCGAAUUUGGGCCACGGCAAGCUUGAAAUGAGGGAAGACAAGAAGCUUCUUGGCACCUCGAAGGAAAGCAGUCUGCUCCAAACCGCAAACAGUUUUUACAAGAGCUUUGCCGUCGAGUGCUCCAAGAAUCAAGUUUCAAUCGACAUGUUCCUGUUUUCUUCGCAGUAUCAGGAUGUCGCCUCGCUGAGCAACCUUCCACGGUACACCGGUGGCCAAACGUGGUUCUACCCUGGGUGGAAUGCUGGACGACCCGAGGACGCGAUCAAAUUCGCGUCAGAAUUCAGUGACUACCUCUCGUCUGAGAUCGGCCUGGAGGCUGUGCUGAGGGUGCGCGCCACUACUGGUCUGAGGAUGAACACAUUCUACGGCAACUUCUUCAACCGAAGCUCGGACCUUUGCGCGUUCCCGGCCUUCCCUCGCGACCAGUGCUACGUGGUCGAAGUCGCUAUCGACGAAACCCUGUCCAAGAGUAUGAUUUGUAUGCAGGCAGCCGUCCUCCAUACUACGUGUAAUGGCGAGCGCCGCAUUCGGGUCAUGACUUUGGCACUACCCACCACUCAGAGCUUGGCGGAUGUGUACGCUUCUGCUGACCAGUGCGCCGUCACCACCUACUUCAGCCACAAGGCAGUAGAGAGAGCAUUGAGCAACGGCUUGGACUCUGCACGUGACUCGCUGCAGAGCAAGAUCAUCGAGUUGCUGCAGACAUUUAGGAAAGAGCUGGCCGGCGGAAGCAUGGGCGGUGGUCUCCAAUUCCCAGCCAAUCUGCGCGGCCUACCAGCCCUGUUCCUUGGGCUGAUCAAGAACGUAGGCCUGCGGAAAUCGGCGCAGAUCCCCUCGGACCUCAGGUCCGCAGCGCUCUGCCAGCUCUCUACGCUCCCCUUGCCGUUAUUGAUGCAAUAUAUUUACCCUCGGCUGUACUCCCUGCAUGACAUGCCCGACAUUGCGGGCACUCCAGACCCCGAGACAAGCCAGAUUGUCCUGCCACCACCUCUGAACCUGUCCUCCGAGCGCUUCGUGUCAUAUGGCCUUUACCUCAUUGAUGACGGCCAGACACAGUUCCUGUGGGUCGGACGGGAUACAGUGCCAGCCUUGCUGCAAGACGUCUUCGGGGUUGCGGACCGGACACAGCUUCACGUUGGCAAGGGGACAUUGGCAGAGCUGGAGAACGACUUCAACGAGCGGGUCCGCGCGGUCAUCCAGAAGAGCAGGGACUACAGGUCUCGCGGUGUUGGCAGUAUCAUCCUGCCUCACCUGUACAUUGUCCGUGAGGAUGGCGAGCCAAGCUUGAAGCUCUGGGCGCAGACGUUGUUGGUAGAGGACCGGGCAGAUCAAGGAAUGAGUUUCGCACAAUGGAUGGGAGUGCUGCGAGAGAAGGUCGUCCAGUGA